AUGACCAUGAAAGGCACAGCAAAUCCAGCCGAAGUCAUAACCCAGGACAGACUGGACUGGCAGCAGAAAGCAAAGACACUGAUCUGGCCUCAAAGCAUCAUCAGACACCGCACCGAUCCCGCACAGCUGCUCCCGGACCAAGAAAGCAACCAAGUCGAAGCAAUCGAGUGCGCUCUCUACUACUGCGUAAAGCAGAUAACAACCGCCAACGUAACCAGCGGGCGUUACUUUGAAGAAUCCAUAGAAGACACGCCAUUCGUCCGCGAUUCCGAAUCAUGGAUUUUCGACCUUGACGGGGAUACCCUCCAAGGCCUCUCCAACCUCACCGCCGCUCAAAACGACAGCAUCGCCUUCCACCCGCGCCUCUCCCGCUUCCCACGCACCGACCUCUCGCUCCGUCUCAAUUUGGAUAACCACCAUAACGUGUACAUCAGCCAAGUGGCCGUGGACGGCAUAAGCGCUUUUAUGCAACGGACCUUCUGA